AUGGUAUAUUUUAAAGGAUCAACUGAUAAAAUAAGUAAAGGUCUUUUAGCUUUGAGUAAUAUGACUACGAAGAGUUACUGCAUAUAUUCUUGUAUAAAUAAGGGAAGAAUAACUAAAAUGAGAAGCUGCAUUAUUUCUAUUCUGUUCAAAAUUUUUACUAUGUUAUUUCUUAUGCUUUUAUGUUUUCUUUUAGAAGAAAAUCUAUCAAUUUCUAUAACAAAAUUCAAUAAAGAUUAUUUAAGGAUGUUAUCAGAGAAAGAGUUAAAAAAUAUGAAUAAAGGUGCGCAUGCCGACAAAUUAUUGGAAAGCUUUUUUGAAUUUCUUAAAGAUGAGAAAACUUCAUUAGAAAGACGGGCAUUUAUAAAGUGGGAAGACAUGUGUUUUUAUAAUAAUGCAAGAUAUUCCCUAAGUGGAAGAUCAUGGGAAGAAAAUAAAUUCCAGAAAUGGUAUGAUAAGAUGCAGAGAGACAUAGGUGAUUUUCGUAUUAAUGCUAUUGAAGAGUACAAUAAGUUGAAGGACAGCUUUUCUACAGACGAAGAAUGUUCUUGUUUUUUUAAAAAGAAAAGAAAGGAAUGGUAUGAAUACAGAAAUAAUACAUACUAUUUGUUUAAGAAAUAUGUAAAAGAUUGUAAAGAAGAGUUGAAUGCAAAAACUGGUAGAAAAAAUACUUACAAAUAUGGUAUAUAA